GAUGAGAGGGGCUUUUGCUGACAUAUUUCGGAUUUACUCCAUCUUGGGUUUUGUACAACUUUAGUCGAUGAGAAAACAACUAGAUUUUCCCUCGUUCAUGUACUUCAGGAUUGCCCCUUAUUGACUUGGUACCCAUAUGAACGUGGUCGAGUCUGGCGUCGGCAACCUGUGUUGAACAGACACCUACCUUAUCCACCUUGACCGAGGAAUAAAAGAAAGUCAUUUAGCCUCAAAGUGGCCUCCUCGGAUUCCAAAUGUCCGCCAUGGCAACCAAAAAAGUUGCCCCUUAUGGCAAGUGGGAGAGUGCCAUCAGUAUUGAAGAUGCCACUGCGGGAGCCAAGAUCUUGUCGUCACCCAGGGCUUGUCCUCUUUCAGGAAGAACCUUCUUCCUAGAAAGCCUGCCCGAUGGACCCAACACCAUCAUGGAGGCAACCCAGGCCAGCGACGGUUCGGUGCAGGUCAAGUCCGUCCUGCCAGAGCCGCACACAUGCAGCACCGACGUCUACGAGUACGGCGGUCUGCCCUACGCCCUCGUGUGCAAAAAGGACAGCCCCCUGAGCAUUAUAUUCUCCGACGCAAAGAACAAGGCCCUCAAGCUGUUGACCGUCGACUCGGGCGAGGUCGAGACAAUUGUGCAGUCCUCAGUGCUGCGCUUCGCCGACUUUGACCCGCACCCGCAACAGCCCUCGCCGUGGAUCCUCUGCGUCGAGGAGGACCACACAGACCCGGCCCCGGACCGCGUGCGCAACUACGUGUCGGCCAUCGACCUAGACGCCAAGACGGUGACGCGCAUCGCGGACACUGCGGAUUUCUACUCGUACCCGCGCUUCAGCCCCGACGGUGCCUGGGUCGCCUGGCGGGAGUGGAACCACCCGGGCCUGCCGUUCAAGGACGUCAAGCUGUCCUGGGCGCGCUGGACGGGGGAUCAGGGGAGGCUGCUGGGUGAGGUGGAGGUUGUUGCGGGUGAGGAUGGACAGCUCGUGGGGGAGGUGCACUGGGCGCCUGAUGGGACGCUGUUUUUCUCACAUGAGCAGACGGGGAUGGAGUUUCGUCAACUUUUUACUGUCAGGCCUGGAGAGGGCAGGGCAAGUGUGAAGCACUUUAAGCUGGAGGGUCUGGAAGGGGUCGAGUUUGGGGACGUCAGCUGGUUUCCUGGCUUCCAAACAUUCACCUUUCUCUCAACAACCAAUAUGCUGGCGGUCUACACCAAGUUUGCAACCAGUCACCUAAUCCAUGUCGACAUCACUUCUCAACAAUGGACACCCCUUGACGUUUCACUUCACGACAUGCGAAUUGACCCCCUUUGCACCAUAACCGAAUCGUCCUUCCUGGUCCUGGGAAGCGGCCACACCACGCCUCCUGCCGUAUACAGCGUAACCUUGACACCCGACGCCGAGAUCAAGACCAAGACCCUCCUGCACCGGUCAACCACCAGCACCUUCCCCGAGGAAAUAUUCUCUACGCCGCAGCACAUCCAACUCGAGUCCAAGACCUCUCAGCCAGCCCGCCCCAUCCACGGCUUCCUCUGGCCGCCGACCAACCCGCACUUCACCGGCCCGGACGACACACCUCCGCCCCUCAUCGUCGGCACCCACGGCGGACCAACGGGCCACUGCACGCCGGGGCUGGACAUGCACAAGCAGUUCUGGACGUCGCGCGGCUACGCCGUCUUUUACAUCAACUACACGGGGUCGACGGCGCACGGCCGCCGCUCCCGCGAACGCCUGUUUGGGAACUGGGGCAUCCUGGACCGCGACGACGUGCCCGAGGCCGUGGAGCACCUGGCGUCGCGCGGGCUGGUUGACCGCGCCCGCGUGGGCAUCGAGGGCGGCAGCGCCGGCGGGUACCACGUACUGCAGUCGCUGGUCUGGCACCCCGAGGUGUUUGCCGGCGGCAUCUGCUACUGUGGCGUCUCUGACGUGUCGGCGCUGGCCGAGGAGACGCACAAGCUCGAGUCGAGAUACAUGGAACUGCUCGUGCUGGAGCCGGGCAUGACGGAAGAGGAGAAGAGGACGAGGUUCAGGGACCGCAGUCCGCUGUAUCAUGCCGAGCGCAUCACGGCGCCGCUGCUGCUGGUUCACGGCGAUAAAGAUACCAUCGUGCCCAUCAGCCAGUCGGUCGAAAUUAGAGAUCGGGUCAGGGAUAAAGGGGGUGACGUCAAGCUGGUGGUUCUGCCGGGGGAUGGGCACGAAUUUAAAAAGGUGGACAAUUUGAAGCUUUGGAUGGAGGAGGAGGUCAAGUGGUGGGAGAAGACUCUGGUGAGGUGAGUGAUGGACAGCAGCAAGGAGGGACGAGAGGAAUGUUGGACAUGUUGAAGGAUGUUGGGCUUUUUGUUCUUUUUUUCUCAUUCAACACUUUGCCAACGACCGAUACCCAAGUCCGGAGAAGCCGAUGCACGAGACACGCGUCGAACCUGCGAAACGGCUUGGGUUGAAGAAGUUCAUGAAGAUCCCAAUGGCCAUGCCAAGAGACGAUUGCGUAGAGCAAUACCUUUACAACUUUAGUAUUCGGACCUUCUUCUCAAAGAAUACCCUUACGAGGAAAAAAAAGCCUGUGCUCGAUACCCUGAAUCCAUAGCUGUUGUGUCAUGA